GCUUUUACUCACAUGUGAGUCAUUUCGUCCGUGUUGAUGUUGCGACCAACGGUAUUUGUUCCAGUCUGUUAGUGGGUCUGUCUGCGUGUCACUGUGUUAAUUUGCUGUCCUUUCGCUGUGAUUGGCUCUUGCACCGGUGCCUGGAUGCAUCACAAGGAGUGACAUUAUUAGCCCACACAGCCAGAGAGCACACAAACCUUAAAGAUGUCCGGGACCGCAAACACAUCAGCGACUCAGCAGUCCGCGAAAAUGAAAAAGGAAGAAUCAUUCCUCGGCAAAUUAGGAGGAACCCUGGUUAGGAAGAAAAAAUCCAAAGAAGUGAGUGAUCUGCAGGAAGAGGGGAAGAAUGCCAUCAAUGCUCCCAUGCUUCCAACGGGGACGGACAUCCACCCUGAGGAUACACUGUUGGAGGAAAAUGCAGAGAGGAUUAUGCUGGACCCAACAUCGAGGGAAAACCUUAAAUUUAAAGAUCUUUUGAAGGUCUUAAUUGACUGGAUCAACAGUGAGCUGGAGGAGGACAGGAUCAUAGUCAAAGACCUGGAGGAGGACUGCUAUGAUGGACAAGUGCUUCAGAAGUUAUUUGAAAAGUUAUCAGGCAGAAAGCUGAAUGUGGCCGAGGUGACUCAGUCAGAGAUCGGACAGAAACAGAAGCUUCAGACGGUCUUGGAGGCCGUCAAUGAACUGCUGAGGCCUCACGGCUGGACUAUUGAGUGGAGCGUGGACUCGAUCCAUUCAAAGAACCUGGUGGCCAUUGUUUACCUGCUGGUGGCUCUCGCCAUGCACUUCCAGGCUCCCAUCAGACUGCCUGAGCACGUUUCUGUACAGGUGGUCGUAGUCAAGAAGCGAGAGGGCAUCCUGCAGACAGCUCUUGUGACCAAGGAGCUGACUACCACCACAGAAAUGAUGCUGGGAAGGUUUGAGAGAGAUGCAUUCGACACUUUGUUGGAUCACGCACCAGACAAGCUCAAUGUAGUAAAAACGUCUCUCAUUACCUUUGUGAACAAACACCUAAACAAGCUGAACCUGGAGGUUACUGAGCUGGAAUCUCAGUUUGCAGACGGAGUGUACCUGGUUCUGCUGAUGGGUCUGCUUGAGGACUACUUCGUCCCUCUGUACAACUUCUUCCUCACCCCUGAGAGCUUCGAACAGAAGGUUCACAAUGUGGCAUUCGCCUUUGAGCUGAUGCAGGAUGGAGGUCUGAAGAAACCGAAAGCCAGACCAGAAGAUGUCGUCAACCUGAACCUUAAAUCCACCCUGAGAGUCCUCUACAACCUGUUCACCAACUACAAAAACACUGAGUGAAUUUCUCCAGUUUACCCUCCAUAUCCCUCUGAACACUGCCUGAGUGCCUCUGUGGAUAUUUCACAUUACAGUCCGGACACUGGAGGAGCCCAGCUGGGACUGAAAGUCAUCAUAAUGUUGGACUAAAAAGACCCAAGGGAAGCAGCCAGGAAAGGCUCUGAAUGUUAGUAUUUAAUCUUCCCCUUAUGUCAGAAUUUAUUUAUUCCUUCCGUGCAUGUUAACUGCAGCUCAGGAAACUCUGCAACCUUUAGCCUGUAUUUGAACACACAGCUGUCACAGGAAAAAAGUGUUAGGGUGGAAUGUUAAAGCAUUAGAAAAUAUUUAAGAAAGUUAAAAAAUUAUGUGUAUCCAAAAUGGCUUCAUGCAAAUAUUCUUAUUUACUUUAAUUAAAAUAAUAUACUGAAAGAUCA